CCGAAGGAAGGCGGAGGCGGAAGGGGACCAUUUUAAAUCAUUUUUUCCCCUGUAGCAAUAGCGAAAUCGCCCUUUCCCCUUAAUUUUUGGCCACGGGGAGGUGUGGCAAAGCUGCCUUAGGCCACAAAAGGUGAAGCCACCACGUGGGAUGCAUUAUGGUGUUGCCAGUCUGACGGCGGCACAUUUUGUGGUGUUAGACUUGGAGGAGGGGAAAAGGAGAGGGCCGCUGGAAAUCGAGGAGGGAUAAGAGCCCGAGGAAACAACAGCAAAAGAGGAAGAAAAGCACCGGAGAAGCUCCCCCCCCUUACCGCGCACCCAUCUCCUGCAAGCACCUCCCCAAAACAGCCACUUCCAUGGUCUACAGAUGCUAAAGAUGGAUUUUCUUUGUCAAGCAAACUGGGAAGUGAUCUGGAUUUGGCCAUGCAUUGAUAUUUCCUGUUAAAUGCUCACUCCUUCCAGUCUGUGUCAUGGACUCCAUGUUUGAGGAUGACAUCAGCAUCCUUACCCAAGAUGCCUUGGCGCAGGAUGAUGAAUGGUUGGACAGUCCGAACACCGACCUCUCCAGUGAGAUGUGUUCUGCUUCUCACUUUGCUUUCAUUACAGCAUAUGAUGACAUCAAAAAUCGCUUGACAGGGCUAGAGCGGGAAAAUACUAACCUCAAACGGAAGCUAAAGAUGUAUGAGAUCAAGUUCCCAUUGAUCAGUGACUUUGGAGAAGAACGUAUGUUCCCAGUUUAUGAAUCCAAGGAGACUUCUCUUCUGAAGAGUGAGAAAGCCAACCUCCAGCAGCAGUUGAAUCAGUUCCAGCGUGAGCUGCAAAAAAGCAAGGAAAGGGAAGAACAGAUGGAGGAGAUGAUCCAAGCCUAUGAGAAGCUGUGUGUGGAGAAAACGGACCUUGAGUCAGAGCUGGGCCAAAUGAGAGCACUUGUUGAUACACAUUUGAACCGCAUUCGGAACCUGGAACAGCAGUUAAGGCAGAGAGAUGGCAGCACUUUCCAAAAUCUCAACUCUCAACUUCAAAAUCAAGAAAUUCAGUUCCGAUCACUUCAUGGCACUCAUGUACUGGAUCGCUCAAUGAACUGGCCGAGUCCACGGAGCCUGGAACAGGCAGAAGCCUUGGAGGUCCAAAGACUGGAAAUGGAGCUUGAGAAGUCAAGGCAGGAAGUCCAGAACUGUCAGCACCGUGAAGAACAGAGGAAGGCUGAAUGUGAAAGGCUGCAGGCAGAGGUGAAGCAGCUGCAGGAGACCAGGGCGCAGGAUCUUGCAGCUAGUCAGUCGCAAAGGGAUAUGGCAUGGGUGAAGAAGGUUGGAGAUGACCAAGUAAACUUAGCCCUGGCCUACACAGAACUAACUGAAGAGCUAUGCCGCCUAAGAAACCUAACUUCUCUUCAAAGUCAGAUUCUCCGGACUCUUAUGCAGGAGCAGGUCAUGAAUGGUCAGCGGCAUUCUCCCCAUUCCCAGCGCCAUUCUCCUGCCCAGCAACGUGGUUCUCCAGGUCCCCAAUGCACAUCUCCAGCUCAACAAGGGAGGCCUUCUGCUCCUCAAAGCCAAUCUCCAGCCCUACAAAGGCAUUCCCCAGGCCCACCUGGUCAAUCCCCUGCACAUCAACGUCGUUCCCCAGCCCCCCCUCCUUGCCAGUCUCCUGUUAGCCAGCGGCGUUCGCCAGCUCCACCACCUAGCCAGUCUUCUGCCCAGCAGUGCUGCUCACCAGUCCAAAAUUGUUCGUCGCCUGCCAUGACUUCACAACAUAGAUCUCCAGGGACUGACAGAAACAUUAUGGAUCUGGGAUAUUCUAAGCCCUCCAGUCACCACAUCAAAGCAAGCUUCCAAGGUCGUCGAAGCUACUCGGAGGUGAGCGACGCUGCUCUGUAUCAACAGAACCGUUCUCUCUGGCUGCAGCCAGAAAUAUCCACCUUACCAAAGCAUCGUCCCUACUGCGAGGUUUAUGCCAGAGACAACUUCGAAGAGCACUUGCGCUUUGAGAAGCAGUCCUCGGAUGAAGACGACUGGGCCCUCCCAAGCCCCCCCAGUCCUGAAGUAGGGGGUAUCCGCUGCGCCUCCUUCUGUGCAGGGUUCCCCAUUCCCGACACCUCCAUGCACCGGAUUGAUGCAUCGUACUCCAGGGCUGAGCAUGCUCAGUCCUGGCCCUCAAUCAAUUUGCUGAUGGAAACAGUAGACUCUGACAUCCGAAGCUGUCCUCUCUGCCAGGUGGCCUUUCCCAUCGGUUAUCCAGAUGAUGCUUUGAUAAAACACAUUGAUUCACACCUGGAGAACAGUAAGAUCUGAGGGAUGAGUCAUGAUAGUAGCUAUGAUGCUGUGGACUCUGAAAAAUGCAGAGGAGCAUGGCUUCAGUUGUUGCCGUAUAUUCCUCCAUAAUACCUUGGAAAUCCUGAG